AUGAUCGAGUCCGACCGUCUCGCCCUGCUCAAGGGAGAAGCUGAGAUCGAGAUCGUGAACACGCCAUCAGCGAGCGGGAAGGGCCAGGAGAUCGUCCGUUGCACCAACUGUCGAGUCGCUCUCUGGAGUCACUAUCCCAGCGCCGGCCGGCUGAUCUCCUUCGUUCGAGUCGGAACGCUGGACGAGCCGAGCUCGCUGCCGCCGGACAUCCAUAUCUUCACCUCCACGAAGCUGAAAUGGGUCGUUUUCCCGCCGGACGUCCCUGUGGUAGAGACCUACUAUGAGCGGGAGGAGAUCUGGAGCAAGGAGAGCCUGGCGAGGAGGGCAGCGCUGCAGCCGGCGGUUGAGCGGUACCAGGAGGAGCUUGCAAAGCGCGGUCUCUCGCAGUCGUAG